AUGGCGCCGAGCCUCGUCGCGCCCUCGGCGACGUCAAUGACAUUAUCACUAGCACCUUUCGUAAUAACCUUCGUGGCCGUUUCUAUUCUGGUCUCUCAAAAGAUAUUUCCCUAUCUAGCCCGUGUCCAAAAUUCUCGAGACGGAGAAGACCACUUCCUCCCUUCUGAUGCGCCUAUAUCACUCCAGCAAGCGCAUGCUGAGCAUGGCGCUAAAUCCCUACGAAGACGGAUAGCGGAAGCCGCUUUUUCUACCACGGUCGGAUUAGCCGUCGUAUUAGGCGAAUUGAUCUUGUGCGAGAUCUCUGAAUUAAUCAACCCUUACGCCCGAGCGCUAGCUCUGCGAGUCACCGUUCCCACCCUCUUGUUUCUCCUCGUUGUACUUAUACCCUUCCUUGAACUCCAGUCUCUUGUAGCCGGUUCGGGAUGGUCGUUCCAACGCAACUCUAAAGGCAAAAUCCCCCGGGCUGCUUGGAUUCUCCAGUUUGUCAUGUUCAGCGUCUGGUUAUGCGCCUUCUGGUCCCUAGGGAACCUCGUACCGGUAGGAAGUGAAGCAGUGCGUCCUAGCGCUAAGAUGGAGAAGGCCCGGGUCGAACCCGCGAUUUCUGGCAGCUUAGCACGUGCCUGUCUUGAGCGCAUUGGUGUCAUUGGUAUCUCAUUGAUGGCUUUAUUAUCUGGGUUCGCCUCGGUCUCUUCGCCGUGGCACACGUUUGGUAAUCGUACAAGGCGCCCCGUAACGGAUGCCGAUGUUGCCCGUAAACAAGCGGGCCUCGAUGCAACCAAUGAAAUGCUUAUAACUAAACGACACCGUUUACAGACCCUUCUACGUAAGGUAGCCGAGACCCCAUCGACCGAGAAGCGUGGGUUUGUAACUAAGGUUAUCGGUUCUAUCCGCGGUGGUGGUGACGCAGCCGAAAUCCGUACGCUGCGUCUCGAGAUCGCGGGCUUGGAGGCCAUGGAAUCAAACCUAUCCUCUUCCCUUAAUACGCUCCGCUCUCGACAAGCCAACUCGGCUCGGGCUGCAACUUUUUCUGGAAAACUACUCUCGAUACCUACGUACGUAUUCAGCGUAUACUGCGUUUAUCGUAUCAUAGCGACUACCCUGACUACUUUGCGGCGUCUGUAUUAUCCCACUGCCUCGUUUUCCUCUUCGGAUCCCAUUAAUCGGUUCUUGGGUCUCCUAGCGAAGCAUUGGGACCCUAAGCUUGAUCAGAUUGCCUGGGCUAGACAGAUAUCGUUCUUAUUAUCCGGUGUUAUUCUCGCCGCGAGCGCCAACAGUGCACUGCAGACAUUCCGUCUAUUCGCGAAAUGGACUCCUGGACUCCUAUACCAGGCGCAGGCUAAUCUUGCACUGUUAAUUGGGCAGAUCAGUGCUAUUUACGUGAUUUCUGCCGCUCUACUCUUACGAAGUAACCUCCCUAAAGAGGUAGGCAGUGCAGUCGGCGACGCCCUUGAAAGCGCCUUGGAGCCAGGUUUCGUAGAUAGAUGGUUUGAAGGCUGGUUCCUUCUUGCCAGCGUAGCAACAGCUGGAGGGAUCUGGCUAGGUGGGAAGAUUGGCGAAUGGAGUGAGGAAUGGGAUGAUAUUGGGAUGGAAGAGAUGGGACAGAAACAAUCAUAA